UUUACCUUGGUAAGAGAUUUUCCUAUUUAUUAACCUCUUUCAUGUCCUAUUUGAUGAGAGGGUUCAUGCCGAGUCUUCUUUAUUGGCUGGAGCUUGGCGGUACUUUCAACAAAAUGGAAAUUUCAACGCCUCCACCAAUCAACAAAAUGGAAAUUUUACCUUGUACCGGUAGGGCUGAACCUGCAACAGUUUGGAAAAUUAUUCUUCAGACUCGUGUUAUCUCUCUGCCAUGUCUUCUAUAUUGGAUUAUGUAAGAGAUUCCCACUUGACAAUACUUAUUCACAAUUUUAUAGUACUUAUUCACAAUUUUUAAACAUGGGAAUAGCUUAAUGCACCCCUGCAAUUGGUUGUUGGGUUAGGUUCUGGGUAGGGAUUUUGUUUCUUACUUUGGGGAUUGGACCUGAUUUUUGACAUCAGGUUUUUCCCUUAACAAACAUCGGGUGGAUCGUUAACUCCUCUACCCUUCUACCUUUCUUUAUUAAAAAAAGAAUGCUCUUAAAAAUGUACCCUAAAACACUAUUAUCUAUCUGAAAUCCACAAUUCAAAGAAAUGACAUAAGAGACUUAAAAAAUGAUUAUUUCUACUCACUACACAUUAUGCCUUAGAAUAUUCAUAUAGUUUGGUCACCAAGUAUUCAUUCACAAAACAGAAAUUAAAGUAGGGUUAUUUCAUUGUGAGGGUGACACGUGGAAGGUGAGAUGGAGGUGACAUGCCAUUGAGGUGGAUUUAUUGUUUACAAGAGCGUUUCACAUUCGGCCUUGAAAAUCAGAUGCCACCCAAAAACGCCAUUUCAUAUGCUUUAACCGGCGCCUGUUCCCCUAUGCGACCGGAGAAGUUCAAGAAACCGGCCCGUCAAGCAUCGAUUCCGGUGAGCAGCUUCCGGAACCCAUCGGUCGACCCUCAGAAUUAGCCAAACCCAUUGUGCACGAAUGAGCCAGUACGAAGAAGAAAGAUUCCAGAUUCAAUUUUGGACGCAUUUUGACAAGUUUGAGCCCGUUCACCAGUCAUGGUGCAUCUAUCGAGGACCUCCGCCUAACCCAUCAGGUUUUGGAAGUGAGAAAUGGAUUCUACGAGAACUCAUGCUGCAGCUUUGGAUUUUGCUUCUAUAUGCCCUUCAUUAAUGAAAGUUCAUAAUCUAUGCUACUGCACUCUGGUAUAUAAAUAAAAAGAAAAAAAAUGCAGUGGGAAUACAUCCCAGUGGGCAUGUUUGCAGCCUUGACAGUGUUAGAACAUCUAUUGCCCAGUGUGCCAGGGUUUGUGGGUUUUGAAAAAUAAAAGAUUUGCCAUUGGUGUUGUGUUCAAAUGGUUUGUUUAGUUGAAUAUUUGCAAGAUCAUCAUAUUCACUUGUAUAAGACGGAAGGUAAGGAAUAUUAACACCACACCCUCCUCUUAUAAUUGGGUCUCGGACUCUGGGUUGGCCCAACAACUGAUGACUUCAUUUUUAAAAAUUUCAGGUUACUUCGGGUUCAUACUACUUCAUGUUCGGGUCAAUGCGGGUUCAAGUAGGGAACUAUAUGUUCAUCACCAUUAUCAUUCGGUUUGGGUCGACCCAGCGGGUUAAAACUUUGAUUUUAAACAAAAUUUAAGUUCAUAU